CGUUGCUGGUGCUGGGGCUCACGAAAUGAAAACACAUCAUUUUCGACUUGCAAAACAAACGUUGGUGCGAAAAUUCGACAUUUUGAUGUUCGACAAAUGACCGAAGAACGCUGUACCGAAAUUCGGAAUGCAAAACCUCACUAAUAAUUCUCAUGCUCAAGACAGUAAAAAUGUUGAAGCUGCAUGCAGUGCUAGUGAGCUCCGAAUCAGUCAAACUUCUCCUCCUUUCUUCUUGGUUGAUCGAUGUGAAGCAAGGAAUUUUCCUGGCUUGAUGACAGAUGCUAGUAUUUGAGGCAAGGAAAAAUCAUCUCCCAAUAAAAUCUGCCUGCGAUGCUGCCACUUCGCAACGUUUGUUCACGUGUAAAUUCUCGUCAAGUUCUAUUGUUGUUGACGAGUAGAUUCGCCAAUGGCACCGUCACAGCACCAGUGUCGGGCAGUGCAAAAUGCGUCAGGAUAAGCUGGCGGGGCACAGCGGCCUGCGCUUCUCCUGCACCUGUGCCAUGGUCCCCGGCGGAUUUCAGCGCGGAGUGCCUGAAUAGUGUGGAAGCCGGUGAUUUCGCUGCCUUCUUGGACCGUUUUCCUUCGCUGCCUACAGAAGAACAGAACGAAAUCAUUAGCUCGUUCAGCAAAAUUAUCGACUUUGAGAAGCUGUCCGCAUCCAGUAUAAUAUAUGGUGUACUGUUUGCACGCAAUACUGGCUUGUCAUCUCUGACCAAAGCGUUUUUGGCCAGUGUACAGGAGACAAGUGUCCUCAAGAAGCUAAGUGAUGCGCAGCUGCAGGUGGUGGCGAGGGCUGCGCUGAUUAGCAGCGUCGCUCCAGACAACGGUGUCCAGGAUAACGGCGGCGCAGCGGCAGACUCGUUCUGGUGCGAUGCGCUACGACAGCGCAUCCUCGGCGACCAGGUGUCCGAUAUGCACCUGGUGGGCGCCUGCUUUGAACUCUACAACACCAAGCAGUGUGAGAGCACCCACAGCCUGUUGCAGGCCGCACUCCUGCAUUUGUUCAAGAGGCUCGACGUCCUGGAGCCGGCGAUGGCGCUUGAAGUCCUGCAGGCCUCGACCGGGCCGUUUCGGCACAACGCCAUGUCGAAAUGUAUACAAUGUCUCAAAACGCACACUGUCGAUAGCCAUUGGUUCGACUUGCUCGGAUUUGUCAUGUCCAAGGAUGUACGCUUUGUCACUUCCCCGGAGGAACGGCAUAGCCAGGUUCGGACCUUGUUAGGAAGGGUGACGCUCGAUUUCGCCAGGAUUUUUUCGCUGCUGUACAACGCUAAGGACCGUGCGCUGAGGGCGUUCCUGCUGGUCCCGCUGCAGAAUCAGCUGCGCACCAUGCCGGAGGGCAACCGAGGGUUGCUGGCGCUGCGCGUGCUGGGCAUCUCGCACCUGCACCUGUCUCAAGGCGAGCUGGAGGUACUGCGUGAGUUUGAGCGCGAAGCCGGCGCGUGCCUGGAGACGGCGCCGACCAGCAUACUGACGCGUGUGUUCUACAACGCCUCGCCGGCACUGCAGACCAGCGUGGCCAAGGAGCUGCUGCGGCGCGUCACGGCCGGUCAGGAGAUUCACGUUGCGCCCUCGUGCAUCAAGGCGCUGUUCGCCGGUCUGAAGCGGUCGUCAGUCAGGGAGAUCCUGGCCGCGCCUGCCCUCCGCAGGGCUCUCGUCGAUGGCUUGUUCAAGCAGGAGUACGUCGCCGAGUGGGACACUCUGCAUGCGCGCCUAGUGCUACGCUGCCUGCAACAACUCAAGGUGCCGGUCGAUGAGUUCAAGCAUGGCGACUUGCUCUUAAGCGUCUUCAGCGGUGGCUCCGGUGAUCGUGUACCGGCGACUGAUCUACCAGAGUUGUUGUCUGAGGCUGGAAUAACCUUGACCAACUACCAGAGCGAGAAACCACAUGGAUUGAAAACGAUAGCUGAAAAUGAUUAUCCGAAGUUAAUCUUCUACUACAUGGGUGGGUCUGUUCCUAAGUCGACGAAACUGCCGACGAAUGUGCAGCGCCAGGUCUCCGGCUCUGGCAAAGACGCGACGGUUGAGUACCAGCGUGCCUGGGAUGAGCGACGGGGACAGUUUUUCCGCCACCAUGGGCAACAACAACAACAACAGCAGCAGCAGCAACAACAACAGCAACAACAGCAGCGGCAGGAGGGUGUUUUCACACCACGCACAUCGCCCUUUGCCGAUCAGCGCCAGCAGCACCAGCAACACCACACUCAACCUCUGCCGACGAAUGUGCAGCGCCAGGUCUCCGGCUUUGGCAAAGACGCGAUGGUUGAACACCAGCGUGCCUGGGAUGAGCGACGGGGACAGCAGCAACAACAACAGCAACAACAGCAGCGGCAGGAGGAUGUUUUCGCACCACGCACAUCGCCCUUUGCCAAUCAGCGCCAGCAGCACCAGCAACACCACGCUCAACCUCAACAGCAGCAGCAGUGGAGGCAGAGUCCAGCACAGGCAGCGCGGUCACAUGUGAGUGAGGUAGCUCCCAUUCGCCCCGCCGGUAGAGGCGGUAUGCGCGCUAGAGGCGCAGAGCGGGCAAGCAUGUCAGCGUCCGCAUCGCCGGGAUGGAGCGAGUGGAGCACAACGUCGGCAGGUGGCGAGGCGCAGACGGCAAAUGUUACUUCCGGUGAUGCUGCCGUUACUGCUGCUGCUGCUCGAAUGACGGCGCAUCAGUCCGCCAAGUCCGCGGUAGGGCAACCGGCACCAAGCCAGCCACCGCGUCGGUCCACCAAGUCCAUGCCUGCACAGCCGGCUGCAAGCCAGGCACCGCGUCAGUCCACCGAAUCCACGCCUCCGCAACCGGCUGCGAGCAAGUCAACUUACAACCCUCUCGAGGACGAGUGAGCGUCGCCCAUGACCAGCCACCAGCCCCCCCCCCCCCCCCCGUGCACUGGAGAGUGUGUGUGUGGGGGGGGGGGGGGGGCAGUCUUCCACGGCCCGUGUAUAUUUGGCUGCUUGUCGCCUACUGCCAGUCAGCAGGGGUGUGACGGUGAGCACUGCCUGUGUAGGACGGAGACACACUCUGGAUGUGCGCACUACAUAAACGUCUCUUGGUCACUAUUGGGGCGCGUGCACGCACACUCCAGCCACAUUAUCGUUCCGGUGGGGUGGCGAGCAAGCUAUUUUUUUUCUCCCCCUAGGCCAGAGCGGCUUGUGUUUGACGCGUGAGUUCAGCUCACCGCUCGGAUUGCCGCCUGAGGAAGACAUGUACAUGUAUGCAUGGCUUGAGAUCGUAUUCAGCGUGCACACUGUUUUCUUUGCCACAUCAUUGGGUCACGGCCCUUGUUUUUCUGUUGGGUUUUUGUCAAUAUCCGUGUUUGUCUGCACCUUGUUCCUUUUCAUGUGUGUGCGUGCGUUGUUGAAAAGAAAGAGAGAGAGAGAGAGAGAGAGAGAGAGAGAGAGAGAGAGAGAGAGAGAGAGAGAGAGAGAGAGAGAGAGAGAGAGAGAGAGAGAGAGAGAGAGAGCACGUCUGCAGUUGUGCUCAGUUCCAGCAGAGUUUUCGCUGUUUCUUUGUUGUUGGGCGUGCUAUCUAUGUGAUUGCCCACCAUGCAUGCGCCGGCACAUUUGAAGCUGGCUUCUGCCACCAUACAGACUUGUUCUAUUUCCGAAGAUUCCAACUACUUGGGUCAAUCCUUUUUGGUUUGUCUGCACCUUA